AUGGAGAGUUUGCGACAAGCGCAAGAGUCGGCGGCAGAGAGUGUGUCGCGUCAGGCGAAGGGAGUGAUGGAUGCGGCGCGGAAGUUGAUGGGUGGCGAGCAUUCGGCUGGUGCUGAGCAUUCGGCUGGCGCUGAGACCACACUUGGUGUGCCGGCGGGAGUGAAGGAGAGUGUGCACGUCGCGGCGUCGCCUGCGGGGCCGUCGUUGGCGCAGUCGGUAAUGUCGGGAUUGAAGCACGCGGCGGAGGCGGGUGCUAAGGGACUGGGUGUAGCAGCACGGAAGGCGGAAUCAACGGGAGCGGACGCGGCACAGGACAUCCAAUUUGGUGCCAAAGAGUUGUGGAAAAACACACAUGACUCGUACGCCAAGGGCGGACUGCUCCAUGACGCUAAAGCUGUGCUACGGGACGGUGCCAAGGCAGCCCAACACUUGGCCACGGAUGCACGACAUGCUGCCCAGGGGGCUGCCCGUGAGGCACAACACUUGGCAGCACCAGCUGAACGUAAACUUGCUCAGGGAGUACACGCCGCCACAGACAAGAACACCUUCGCAGGACUGCUGCACAACGCAAAGGGCGCACUCGCACAAGGACAAGAAAAAGCGCAAAGCGUACUCAACUCAGCCAAAGAAGCCGUACAGUCCACAGCCAAAGCUGCACUCAACACACAGGACGAGCCACACGAUCUUCCCAACUUCGAACAACGCAUCGUCGACCGCUCCUAA